AUGGGAGAACGGAAGGUUUUGAACAAAUACUACUCGCCGGACUUCGAUCCGGCGAAGAUUCCUCGCCGGAGGCAACCCAAGAACCAACAGAAGAAAGUGCGGAUGAUGCUUCCUAUGCGUAUUCGGUGUGGGACGUGCGGUAAUUACAUCUCCGAGGGAACUAAAUUCAAUUCCCGUAAGGAAGAUGUCGUGGGGGAGACCUAUCUGGGCAUCCAGAUUUUCAGAUUUUAUUUCAAGUGCACCAAAUGUUCAGCAGAAAUAACUUUCAAGACGGAUCCCCAGAAUUCAGAUUAUGUUGUUGAGUCUGGUGCCAGUAGGAAUUUCGAACCUUGGCGUGCAGAGGAUGAGCAAUUGGAGGAAGAAAAGAAGAAAAGGACAGCUGAAGAGAUGGGUGAUGCCAUGAAGUCUUUGGAGAAUAGAACUUUGGAUUCAAAGAGAGAAAUGGAUAUCCUUGCGACUUUGGAUGAAAUGAAAUCUAUGAAGUCAAGACAUGCAACUGUGAGUGUAGAUGCAAUGCUAGAAGCUCUGCAGCGCUCAAAUGAGCAGAAGGAGAGGAAGUUAGAUGAAGAAGAUGAAGCUCUUAUAAAAUCAGUGUUCAAGGGACAACGUGAGCCUGUGGUUUUACGAAGGAUUGAUGAUGAAGAUUUAGAUGAUGAUGAGGAUGAGUAUUUAUUUGCUGCUGAAACUGAUGAAAAAUCAUCUCGUCCUUCGAAGAGGAUAAAAGUGCAUGAAGAGAAUCAUUCUAAACCAACAGAUAUUUUGACAAAAGUCAGCGUUGACAGCUCCAGCAAUAAUGCCGGUGCUCGUGGGGCUCCCGAUAAGGGAAAGUUUCUUUUCAAGUCCUCUUCUGUUCGGGUUUCAAUUGUGAAGAAACCAACUGCAGAGUCGAAGGGGAAGAAGCUCAGGGAGGAGACUGUGAAGGGCGAUGAACAAUGUCCAGCGGCUAACAAGGAUGAAGAAGAAAAGCAAGAUGCCGAACACAUAUCUGUUACGAGCAGUGGAUUACAAUCCCUAUGUCAGUUGUAUGGAAGUGAUGAAGAUGAUGAGUGA